CUGAUAUCUCUGACCAUAAUGUUAGCAACCAGCCACUCAGUAUGGGCACCUCUUCAGUUUUACUGAAUGCAGGAUUAAAAAGAUAAGGAGGCUGCAAAGCUCAGAAUCCACAGAACUCGACCUGCCCUGACAGCGUCUGAGCCACCAUGGCAACCCGAGAUGAUGUGUAUCCAUUGGGGCUCUGCAUCGCCCUGUGCCUGUGGGGCACCGUGGCCCAGAAUCAUGGUGUACAAGAUAUUAACGAGUGUCUGGGGCCGAGCCCGGCAGACUGCGGCCUCAACGCAAACUGCAUUGACGUGCCUGGGAGUUACUACUGCACCUGCAGUGAUGGCUACGAGUUCAGCUCUGGGAAAGCCAAAUUCAGGGACGUGAGGGAGAACAGCUGCUGGGAUAUUGACGAGUGCCAGGGACACGCAAACUGCAUCAAUGUGCCUGGGAAUUACUUCUGCAAAUGCAUCGAUGGCUAUGGGAAAGCCAAGUUCACGCACGCGAGUGAGAACAGCUGCCAGGAUAUUGAUGAGUGUCAGGGCCCGAGCCCGGCAGACUGCGGACCCCACGCAAACUGCGCCAACGUGCCCGGGAGUUACUCCUGCAGCUGCAUCGCUGGCUACAAGCCCAGCUCUGGGAAAGCCAAGUUCACACACGCGAGUGAGAACAGCUGCCAGGAUAUUGAUGAGUGUCAGGGCCCGAGCCCGGCAGACUGCGGACCCCACGCAAACUGCGCCAACGUGCCCGGGAGUUACUACUGCACCUGCAUCGCUGGCUACGAGCCCAGCUCUGGGAAAGUCAAGUUCACACACGCGAGUGAGAACAGCUGCCAGGAUAUUGACGAGUGUCUGGGCCCGAGCUCGGCAGACUGCGGACCCCACGCAAACUGCACCAACGUGCCUGGGAAUUACUCCUGCACCUGCAUCGAUGGCUACAAGCUCAGCUCUGGGAAAGCCAACUUCACGCACGCGAGUGAGAACAGCUGCCAGGAUAUUGAUGAGUGCCAGGGCCCGAGCCCGGCAGACUGCGGACCCCACGCAAACUGCGCCAACGUGCCCGGGAGUUACUACUGCACCUGCAUCGCUGGCUACGUGCCCAGCUCUGGGAAAGCCAAAAAAUGCUCAUUCCAGGCCUGUCGCUGCACCAUGGUGGCUGCUCGCUUUGGCAGUAGCCCGAGGUCGUCAGUGAAGCUGUAUAUUGACGAGUGUCUGGGCCCGAGCCCGGCAGACUGCGGACCCCACGCAAACUGCACCAACACGCCUGGGAAUUACUCCUGCAGCUGCAUCGAUGGCUACAAGCUCAGCUCUGGGAAAGCCAACUUCACGCACGCGAGUGAGAACAGCUGCCAGGAUAUUGACGAGUGUCUGGGCCCAAGCCCGGCAGACUGCGGACCCCACGCAAACUGCACCAACGUGCCUGGGAGUUACAAGUGCACCUGCGUCCAUGGCUAUGAGCCCAGCUCUGGGAAAACGAAGUUCACACACGCGAGUCUGGUGCUGCACCGGGGCUUUUUCUGGCUUUGGCAGUGGCCCGAGGGCGUCAGCGAGGCUGUGAUGAGACAUGAUCCUCACCUGCUCCCGCAGACCCCCUACAGCAGCCCCACAGCAGCUGGGGUGGCCCCUUUUGUAGGGUAA